AUGAAGAGAAACUCUAUAAACCAAGACAAUUCUGAUGAUGCAAAUAUAAUAAAGAAAACAACGUACUGGGAAAUAUACGGAGUAAAACGUUUUCCGUACCAUGGUAAGCGGAAGUUUACACCAUUACUGUACCAAUCAUUAAAUGGAAGAAUGGUGAUCUCAAAUGAUGUGUUUGGACUUACAAUCAGUCAAUUUGAACGAAAGUAUAAAGCUUGUUUGGACAGAAGGAAAACAAAUGAACAGUGGAUACUGAACCUUAGAUAUCCAGACAAAUCUUCAAAAGAGUAUUUGGAAUACUUAGAGAAAUGUACCGACUGCAAUACAGAUCACUUGCUAAGGCUCGGGAAUUAUCCUAGACAGAAAUACUUAUUUGAACACUUGGUUAACACAGUUGGUUCUGAAAUAGAUAUACGAAAAAGACAACGACUAUUUAUUAUAACUGAUAUGAUCCACAAUGCAUCCGUAGAUGAUCUUAUAAAAAUAUCCAGUGGAAGUUUAUCUGAAGGACUUGAUUUACCAGGUAGUGACAUGGAUAUAAUGUACAUAAUUAACAAGUUUCAUGUUUUUCAAAAUGAACUCAAUAUCAAACACCCUAUGCACGGCGAUGCAUUUGUUUUGGAGACAGAUAUAAAUCAUCCUGGAUUUACUAGAAUCAGAAUUGUAGUACAAACAGAUAGGAAAUCUAGCUUUAUUUUUAUAUGUUUCAAUUGUCCACCAGGUAAAUGUACUGGUAAAAAUACUUACCUAAAUAGAACGCUCUUUAAUAAUAUUUGUAGGCGUCAAAUCACGAAUUCGCCAAUCUUUGCACACGGUCCGUGUUUUGCAGACAAAGACCAAACGAUAGAUAUUGCAUUCUGCUUACGGAGUAAACUUCUUCCACAAAACGCAAUUGCAUGGACAUGCCGUCAUCGCAGACAAUGGCCCCCUACUUUCAUAAUUGACAGAAUCAGAAAUUAUGGAUGCUUGCUAGUACCUAUAGGACCUAAGACCGUAUCAGAUGAUAAAUUGUGGAGAGUGUCGUUUUCUGUUGCAGAAAAAAUACUAGUAUAUUCAUUUAAUUUCACUCAACUUUUAUGUUACGCCCUACUUAAAUUAACACUAAAGCGUAUCGUUAACACACAUAAUGAUGUCAAAGACUUGUUGUGUUCAUACUUUCUGAAGACAGCUUUAUUCUGGGUUUCUGAAGAGUCUGAUAUAGAAACCUUUCGAGUUUUCUCACUGUAUUCUUGUUUUUCUCUCUGUCUUGAUAAAUUAAUAUCAUGGGUGAAAAUAUUAAACUGUCCGAACUAUUUUAUACCAGAACACAAUAUGUUCCUAGGAAAGAUCGAUAAGAGUAAUCAAACAAUACUUGUAUGUGUUCUUGAGAGUAUCAAGCUAGGAGGGAUUGAGGGAUUGAUAUCUAGCUUAUUUUCGCCUGCCAAUGAAAAUCCAAGUUUAUUUAGUAUAAAUAGUGAAUUUCUGUCCGUUAAUUUAGACUUCCUAUUUUACAAAAUUAAUACAAAGUAUAGGGAGAGGACAACGGACAUUUUAAAGUUAUAUGAACAACUUGCAUUUAUUGAAUCUUUACUUAAGUCCGAAUCAUCUCCAUUUAUUAUUGGUGUAUGCAAACAUCAGUUUGCGGAAAUCAGUAAAUUUGUAGCACAAAAAAUGCCACUUCCAAACACAAUAGUUAACACGUACAACAUGCGCAAACGUUAUCAUCAACAUUUACAAAACGGCACCAUGACAGAUGCUGUAUCAGGUUGGUUGUUAUAUGCGUCGUUUUAUUAUGUAACAGGACAGUUCAAUAUAACUCUAAGACUUACGGAACUUGUUCUCUCGAGAUGUUCACCUGAUAUGGUGCUUAAUUGCAAUGAACAUAGUUGUGGACAUAGAGUCAUGUACAGACAAAAUGUACAUUCUUCCAUGACUUUAAAUCAAAGGAUGAAAAUGGCUAUCAUAGGCAAUGUCAGGUACUGUGAGCACUCAUCAUUAAUACCAGAAGAACUAAAACUAGAGGUUGAAACAACAAUGGUAGAGAUACCGCCUGUUGUAUUGUCACACUGCCUGAGAUUUUUAUGCUAUCAUCAUCUUGGUGAUAUCAUCAACAGACAAAAGUCUUUACGUGAUUUACAUUUAACAGUGAAACAACAGUAUUUAAUUCAAUUUGCAUUUUUUCCUGUUUCAAUAACAAUAGUUGGAGUAUGUUUUGAGAUCUUGGGCGCUAAAGACGUAGCCUAUCAGUGCUAUGAGGAAGCGAUACAAGUGAACGAUUGGAGUGCUAGUACCGCAAAAAUAAGAAAAUCAAAAUUAGAAGGAAGCUUUUGUGGACUUUGA